AUUAUAUAUCAUAAAUCCAUCUAUAUGAUCUGCAUACUACAAAAUUAGAAAUGAUAAAUAAUUUGACCUGUACCGAUAACCUUUCACCUUCUUUGUGAAUUUCUUCUGACGACCGCCAUCUUGUCGAAGAGAUUUUGCACGUCCGAUAAACACCUCAGGUUCUAAACUCCUGAUGGGGCAGGGAGCAGGAAAAGCCAAACAGGGUGCUGAGCAGCCGCCUGUAACAGAGGAUUCUGGGAAGGCAGUAGAGGAUGCUGGGAAGGCAGCCGAGUUGGCACCUACUGGUCCAGCCACCAGGAGGACCACCAGAGCCAGUCUUACUGCUUCAGAAACUAAUGUCUUGGAUGUUUCCUUCAAGAAGCAAGAAGGCUCUGUUGAUCAGGCAGUAGAACAGACAGGCAGGAAGACAAGGAGCACUGCUACCCCCUCUCCUGCCCAGUCACCCUCCAGAAAAAGGCCCCGCAUCCUUCCAUCAACAAGCAGCAGUAUCACCACCAAUGACAUGAAGUAUAUGGCACUGAAGAGCAAGCCAGUAGUGGUGCUGGAGCGCUUGAGGAUGUCACCAGACCAGAAGACUAUCAGAGUUUCUGAAGUCACGAAGAUGAAAGAUGGAGCUAUGGGUUUCUCUGGUAGGGGUACAGGCACAUCUCCAUACAAGGAAGCAAUCACCAAUGAAACAAAAAGCAGCUCAUCAAAGAGUAUGCCUCUGUCGUACUCUGCUUCAACAGCAAGAAGCCCAAGCAGCAGUAGCAGUUUUUCUGCAACCAUUGUCAUGCAGAACGUCAGCCCCACAGCAUCGCCACGUAAGAGAGUCAGGUUCGAUGAUGUAGCUCUGACAGAAUCAGAUGCAAGUCCUGUGGUAAGCGACAAAACCCAGUCUACAAAAGAGACAGCUGCCAUGGCUUCCUCUGUUGAAGCAACAUCACGACCAUCCCAGUCCAACGUCACUCCGCAACCAAGCACCAGUAAGUCAGGACCUCCUGUGGAAGCUCCAAUAACCUGUCCACCCAGCCAGAACCUACCAGAACCCACAGUCGAAGCUCCAAUAACCUGUCCACCCAGCAAGAACCUGCCAGAACCCACAGUCGAAGCUCCAAUCACCUGCCCACCCAGUCAGAAGAGAAACAAGCUCACAGCCAGGAAGAGCACCUUUUCUGGGAAGAAGCCCAAGAGGCCGGGUGUGCAAUCUGCUUUGGUAGAUAAUACCAGUGAAGACAGCAGCGAGGCAGAUUCUGGAGUUUAUCAAGUUGAGAAGAAGAGAGAAGAAACCAGUACAACAGUUGUUGAGCAGAAUUCAAGUUCUGUGACUAUGGAAGAAGCCACAUCCAAAAACAUAGCUCCUGAAAAAGAAGAGGAAAGCAAUGACAAAGAACAGCCUCCACCUGAGCAACUCCAGGCAUCUCCAGUGGCUUCUGGCGACCACAACUACGUUCGUGACUCACCUCAAACGAAAAAUGCAACCAGAGGAAAGAGGAAAGCUAAAACUGCCUCACCCAAAAAGGCAAAUGAGAAGAAAGAAGCAGUGACUGAAACUGAAAGUGGUAACCGUAGAAGGAGUUUGCGAGCUCCCAAAGCAAGAGAGUUUGGAAAGGAGUUCCAAGUUGAUGUCUAUUCCAAAACCACAGCUGAUGAUGUAGAGGGAAAUGACGAAGACAGCCUCUCUGAAAAGGAGCAGGAAACUCCGGCACAGCAAUCAGAAAACGACGAUCACUCGUACAUAAAAAGUGUUUCCCGUAGAAAGAGCAGACGGCCACAGAAGUUGGCCGUUUUAAAAGCCGAUGCCUUGAAGUUAGAUCAGGAAAAUGAGGAAGCUGAUGGAAAUGAAGGGGAUGAGGAGUUGCCUGUCAAAGAGGAGGCUGAGGGUAAAGAGGUAGACGAGACUAUAGCUAAUGAACCCUAUUACUGUUCCGAGUGCUCACGAUCUUUCACUCGCCAGCACACCUUCAACAGUCAUAUGGCGUCCCACGCUAGCGGAAGCAAAGACCCGAAACACCACAAAUGUGACCACCAAGGAUGCAACAAGACCUUUAGGGUGAAGAGCCACCUGGAAGAACAUAUGGUACUGCAUGAUGAUGUUGAGGAUGUUGCAAUGCUGGAGACCAGGGAAGAACAGCCAGACCAGCUUGAGACUGACCAGGAAGACGGAACGGACGACCCCGAUUACAAACCGGAAAGGCAGCUCGUGGGGAGAGGGAAGUCUCGAAGAAUGGUCGAGCCGUGGGUACCGUGCCGUUACCCUGACUGUAAAAAGCUGUUCAUCAGCAAGCGAGCCUGUAGUAAGCACGAAGAAAACUUCCACACGCCUGACCCCACACUACGAUACCCCUGCACAUAUAAGGGAUGCGAGCAGACGUUCACCAGUCGGCACUACCAAGCCAAACACGAGCUCGCCGACCACCCCAACGACCCGGACAAGCGGCCGCAGCAGUGUCCACACUGCCCGCUACGUUUCACUCACAAGGGUACUCUGAGCAAGCACCUGUCUGUGCACAACCGCCCCAAGGACUGGGCACCCAUCUCUCACAAGUGCACCCAGGAUGGCUGCACGCGGGAGUUUCCCACGCCAAGCAAGCUCCGCGACCACCUCCUGUCGCACGGGGUGUGCGCGGAGCCCAAGUUUCAGUGCGAGACGUGCGGGAAGUUCUUCCCCCGGAAGGGUCAGCUGAAGAAGCACAUCAUGUACACGCACACCAACGCCUCGCACGACUGCAAGCAGUGCGACAAGAAGUUCCACACCGACGCCAAACUCGCCAGGCACGUCUCCAUUGCACACGAGCAGAAGUGGCCUCUGUCCUGCGAGCAGUGCGGCCGAGGUUUCCGCACGAGGUCCCUCCUGUUGGAUCACCAGAACAUCCACAAAGAGAAUCCAGUCAAGUACAAGUGCGAGGAGUGUGACAAGGAGUUCCUGGUGAAGGCCUACUUCAAGCAGCAUAUCCGCACUCACGACAAGAAACUGAAGACCCACAUAUGUACCACCUGUGACAUGGGCUUCACUUCCGGCUUCCUGCUCCGACGUCAUGAGGUUCGACACAGCACCGACCGCAGGUUCAAGUGCAAGUUCUGUGAGAAGACCUACAAGCACCGCGGAGCCGUGGAACACCACCAGAAGAAGGAGCAUCGGGAACAGUUUGGAGCCGCUGUAGUGGACGACUACCUGAACCGUUUUGCCUGUAACGUCUGCGGGAGGACCGGACACACCAAGCAGGUCAUCGAGAAGCACAUCAAGGCCGUACACCUGAACUUGAGGGACGAGGCAUGCCCAUAUAAGGGCUGCAACAAGGCCUUUGUGGACCAGAAUGCCCUGCGGUCCCAUGUCGCUACCAUCCACGACCCUUCACUUCGACCAUUCAAGUGUGACAAGUGUGACCGGAGCUUCUACAGGAAGAAGCAGCUUGACUGGCACAUUUUCUCUCACGACAAGGAUCUCAGUCCUCACCAGUGUGACAGCUGUGGGAAGAAGUUUGUGUGUGCCCGCACCCUUCGUGAGCACAUCAACGCCAUCCACAAGAAGAUCCGGCCCUACAGCUGCAGCUUCUGCUCAAAGUCCUUCUCCAAACAGCACGCCCUGGAGGACCAUCAGAGGAUCCACACAGGAGAGAAGAAGUGGCCUUGUGACCUGUGUGACGAGAAGUUCAUCAACACCCACUACCGCAAGGUGCACAAGGUCAAGGUUCACGGGCUGGGCCACGCCUGUCUGCAGUGCAACCUGUCCUUCAUGUCGACCCUCGCCCUCGAGCGCCACCAGAAGAGGCACGAGAAUGAGAAGAAGACCCCCCGCGUGUACCGGCGGAAGCAGCCGAGGGAGACUGAGGAACAAGACACUCCUGUUAUGUCACCUGCUGGUACACCAGCAAAUCCACCCGAAACUCCGUCCACAUCGCAGCCAGUGCAGGCACCCGCCGCGUCCAAUCAGAGCGACAGCGAUAAACUGAACUGCGAGUUCUGCCCGGAGAGCUUUGCCACCUUCGAGGAGUGGGAGGGGCACCUGUCCAAGGUCCACAAGUGCACAGUGACGGUGCUGUCUGAAACAGGUCCAGACGAAGAGCCGGUGUACAAGGCCGUCAUCCAGCCCACCAUGGAAGACGGCAGCAUCCCCAACAUGACCAAAAUGCCUGGACCACAGGCUGACCAGGCACCCGACAAGGAUGAAGCAGCAGAAACUGUACAAGACACCCCAUCGGGAGGGGGUGCCCUGGUCGCAGAGGCCGUCGCGGACGAGAGCUACGCCACGAAGACCAUGCUCAACCUCAUCGAUAGGUUGAACAACGAGGUAGAACAACCAAAGGAACAGACGGAAACGAGUGCCAUCGAGUCGUUUGAUGUGAUAAGUGGGGACGACUAUGCCAGUCGCACCAUGUUGUCCCUUUUAGACCAACUCAGUACUGAUGCAACGCCAACUUCUUGAACCUAGAGAUAGUCCAGACUUUUUUAGCAUAACCGUUUCCUUUAUCCAAUCAGUGCACGCUUCAUUCAUGACCUAUUUCUAGAUUGUACACUCUGUUCAGUAUUUGUCUGAAGGACAUGCUACCUGAAUUGUGGAAAAGUCUAUGAUCGUUGGGUGAACUUGGAACAGAUUAAGCUCUCACCUCUUGAACCUAGAGAUAGUCCAGACAUUUUUCAUCAUAACCCAUUUCUUUAUCCUACUAGUGCAAGCUAUACUUAUCACCUAUGUCUAGAUUGUACACUCUCUUUAUCAUUGGUCUAAAGGACAUGGUACCUGAAUUGUGGAAAAGUGUAAGAUCCUUUUGUGAACUCAGCACCGAUACAGCUGUCACCUCUUGAACUUAGAGAUAGUCCAGAUGUUUUUAGCAUAACCCUUUUCUUAUCCAAUCAGUGCAAGCUACAUUCAUAACCUAUUUCUAAGUUGUACACUUUCUUCAGUGUAUGUCUGAAGAACAUUGAACAUG